AUGGAUGCUGGGUCGCUAACACACUGUAGUGGCUCACUCUGUUAUGGACUUGCCGCAGUGAAUAUCGUGUUUGCCGCGAUGACUAUCCCUGAAAACGUCAUAGUUCUUAUCGCAUUGGCAAAACUGGCAAAAGCACGCAUGUGGAAAGUGCCAAACAUUCUCAUGGCUUCCCUAGCAACAACAGACCUCUUAAGUGGCUGCAUAUCACAGAGCCUGUACGGCUACUUUCUCCUGAAGCAAGGACGAAACUACACCAACAACAACGUGAGCGGUGCUGAUUUCUGGUUGCUGCUCAUUCUAAAUUAUUCGUCCUACACCUUAUGCGGUGCUUCGUUAAUGCUAGUUUCCAUCAUGAGCAUCGACCGCUUUCUCGCUAUCGCUCGCCCUAUCAUGUACAAAGCGAAUAAAUACCGCAACCGCAUUGUAUCUGCGGUAGUUUUCUCGUCGCUCUUCUGCUUGCUGAUACCGAUUUUGAGAUUCAUCUCUUCAGCGACCGUGCCACUGUUUGUUUACACCGUGUCCGGUGUGAUCGUCCUUUCACUUGCCGCGACAUUCAUUUCCUAUAUUGCUGUUAUCUACAUGUUCGUCAAUCUGGGACAACGAAGCAAUCUUUCCACAUCCCGAAGCAAGUCAAACGUCGUACAAGAAGGUGAAACUACGCGAAUCAGUGUUUCCGUUGCCGAUUCUUCCGCAUCAUGUCGCGAGAAGCGCUUGACGAAAUCCUUUGCAAUGAUCGCUGUUACACUUGUGGUGAUGUAUUUGCCACAGCUGAUUAUUAAGCCGUUGAUGCUUAACGCGCCAGAAGGAUUCGAAAGCUUUCCCUUUUCGCUAGAGGACAUCGCAAAUACUCUACUCUACUGCAACAGUUUUGCUAAUCCCCUCAUUUAUGCGUUUCGGCACAAAGGUAUUCGCAAGGAGAUCAACGCAAUGUUUCGAGGUUUUUCUAAGCGAAAUUGCGAAAGGAAAGUACCAGCCUAUUGUGACGAGAAAAAGCGAAGCUCGGAUACGUGCAGCAGCUCUGGGUCUUCAGGGGCUCCAUUUCCAAUCCAAGCUGACAAGAUCAUAUUUUCAGCUUCACCUGUUGCUGAUACUCAUUUGUAA